AUGAUGAAAGUUGGUGAGCCGAGGCCGGAACAAGCUGGUGCUAUUGAAGCGAUUGUAAGAGAGUUGAAAAAUUUGGAUGAAAAGGCAUUUCCAGCCUUACACGCCCUUGCUGAAAAUGAAUUGUUCCGCCUCCGUGGAGGCAUUGCUGAGUCGAUCGACAUUGUAUCCAAUAGACAGGUGAAAAUUCGGGCAAAAAUAGAAAUUCCCAGUUCACAAUACCCGGGAGUCAAUUUUGUGGGGAAGCUCCUCGGUCCGGGCGGCCAGACGUUGCGGGCCACCCAGGAGAGCACGAAAACUAAGAUGGCAAUCUUGGGCGCAGGUUCCCUUCGAGAUGACUCAAAGGAACGUGAGCUGCUCUCCAGUGGGGAUCCUAAGUAUCAGCAUCUGAAGCAAAAGCUGCAUUUACAAGUCGAUAGCUUGGCCCCUCCGUCGGAAGCAUACUACAGACUAUCGCAUGCCCUCGCCGAACUCCGGAAAGUAAUGUUGCCGGAAUCCAACGAGUGUCCACCACCACCGUGGGUCCCUCAAGGCACGUCACCAAUGGUGGGAUCCAGGGGCGGAGGCCAAUUCCGAGGUGGCCGGUCUCCCAACCCUCGUGGUGGCUUCCAUGUCCCACCGCCUAGUUCACCAUACCGCGGUCGAGGUAAACCAUGGGUCAGCCGGGGAGGACCUACCAACGGAAGUCCUAUGAUCUCUUCUACUCCACCUGUUGCUCCGGACGUGUACGGUAAUGGAACUACUGCGCCUGUUUACCCUACAAUGAACAUGUAUGAACAACCUGAUUACAGUACGAACGUGUAUGAAGAAUUUGGAAGCAACUAUGGACAAGACGAUUCAUGGGGCAAAGUUGGUCUAACAGACGCCCGGGGCAGAGGUCGAGCCCACCCGCCUGCGUGCAACUACCAGUUCGAAUUUGGCGGUGCUCAGGUUCCUGACAAUCACUCGGUGGAAGUCCCUUGCACCGCCGACCUUUUCACAGUCGUACAACAACCUUCUGUAAUGGUGGUUAUCAACCGACUGGAGUUCGAGGCUUGA